AUGGGUCUGAGCCUCCUGAAGGUUGUCGCUCAGCAGAGGGAUGUGGAGCCUUCCAAGGCAGACCACAGAACAGUGUGCACAGGUGCAUGGGUCGGUUCCUGCAUGGAGAUGUCUGCAGUGUGGGUCUGUGGGGGGAAUUUGGGUGUUGGUCUGACAGCGUCCCGGGCCCUCGUGCUGCAUUUGGCUGUCCAUGGACUGUUCGGGAGGUGCCAGAAGGUUCCAGCUGUGGAUACCUACCGUUAUGACGCAUCUCCACUGGCUCUGCAGCACCUGAGGGCCACCUUGCAGAAGCUCUCCCGCACAGGCUUCACGUGGCAAGAUGACUCUACCCAGCGUGUGAUGGCACAGGAGCUCGCAAACCUCCCCAGAGCCUACCCACAGCCUCUGGAUCCUUCCAGCCGAGCCAGGUCCCCACAACAGGAUGUUGGAGAGAACUGGCGAUAUGACCUGGAGAGUAAGGUGGCCCUGGCCAAAGCCCUCCAGCGCUACCUGCCCUUCCUGGAGGCCCUGUCCCAGGCCACCGCCUCAGACGUGCACCCCAGGCUGCAGCACGAGAACUCGCCAUCCCAGGGUAAGGACCCCUUCCCCGAGAGUGUCCUGACCUAUGUGGCCCACACAGCUGCACUGACCUACCCUCCCAUGACCCGAGACAAGUAUCCUGAAAACUUUCCACUGCGGACCCUCAGCCGGCUGCAGCCAGACGAGCUCAGCCCCAAGGUGGACAGCAAUGUGGACAGACAACACUUGAUCGCCGCUCUCGGAGCCCAUGCUGCCCGGAGGCCCCCUUUAGUCCCCAAGGAGGGUGACCCAGAUCCACAGUACCUUCUGAAGAACCCCUCAAGGGUGCCGAGGCCCCUCUUGGUGGCAGCACCCCUUCAGAAGUGGCCCUCGUCUCCAGAAGACCCGAGAGGCCCCCUGAGCUCGGAUGAUGAUGUGCUCAUUCGGAGUCUCCUGAAGGACCUGUGGCAGCGCCAAGCUGAAGUGACGCACGUGGGUCCCCUGGAACUGGAGGAGAUGGUGGGCACAAUUGCAGGCCCCAUGCAAGGUGACGAAGCUCUUGCGGACAAGAAGGACGGGCGUUUCCAUGAGGUCAGCCUCCUGAGUGCCUCCCCUGGGGACCGAGGGCAGGAUCACAGGUCUCCACUCUUGCCUGAAGCCCCCACUCUGGAAGAGCUCCCUAAAACAGAAGCCAAGAAACCGGAGGAGCCCGAGGUUUCCCUGACCUGGGAAGAGGAGGAAGCUGGGGUGGAGAACGUGAAGAGCCACACCUACUCCAAACCACUGCCGGAGAAGCCAAGCUCCCAGCCCAGGGCUGCUGGCCUCGGGCUGCUGCAGGCCUGGGUUCCAGGGGCCCUACAGGAGGAGCAGAGCCCCAGGGCAGGGGCCCGGGCCCCGCCUAGCGAGGGCCUGCAGCUGGAAGUGGAGCCCUCUGAGGAAGAGGACUCGGGCUACAUCGUGACAGGAAACGACCCCCUGAACCUGGAGAAGGGGAAGCAGCUGAUGGGGGAUGUCGCCCACCUCCUGAAGGUGCCGCCCAGCAUCUUUGAAGAUAUCGACGUCCUGGGACCAGCGGUGACUUUCAAAGUGAGCACCGAUGUCCAAAAUGUGACAACUGCAGAUGUCGUGAAGGCCACAGCUGACAACAAGGACCAGCUGGAGAAGGCUUCUGGACUGAGGAUCCUUCACAGUGGCGUCGGGCCGAAAAGCAGACUCACGCUUCUGCCUCAUCAGGGACAGCAGGAAGACUCGACCAAGUUCAUCCUGCUGACCUUCCUCUCUGUCGCCUGCAUCAUGGGGGUGCUCCUGGCUUCCAGCCUCAUCUACUGCCUCCGCCACAGCUCCCGCGGCAAGCUGAAGGAGAAGCUGUCAGGACUGGGGGGUGACCAGGGUGCAGAUGCCACCUCCGCCUACCAGGAGCUGUGCCGCCAGCGCAUGGCCCCCCGGCCCCCUGACCGCCCCGAGGGCCCACACACUUCCCGCAUCAACAGCGUCUCGUCCCAGUUCAGCGACGGGCCAAUGCCCAGCCCUUCUGCCCGGAGCAGCACCUCGUCCUGGUCAGAAGAGCCCGUCCAGCCCGACAUGGACAUCUCCACGGGCCACAUGAUCCUGGCCUACAUGGAGGACCACCUGAAGAACAAGCACCGGCUGGAGAAGGAGUGGGACGCGCUGUGCGCCUACCAGGCGGAGCCCAGCAGCUCCCUGGUGGCCCAGAGGGAGGAGAACCUGCCCAAGAACCGCUCGCUGGCAGUGCUGACCUAUGACCACUCCAGGAUCCUGCUGAAACCGGAAAACAGUCACAGCAACUCGGACUACAUCAACGCCAGCCCCAUUAUGGAUCAUGACCCGAGGAAUCCUGCCUACAUCGCCACCCAAGGACCCCUGCCCGCCACUGUGGCCGACUUCUGGCAGAUGGUGUGGGAGAGCGGCUGUGCUGUCAUCGUCAUGCUGACGCCCCUCACGGAGAACGGGGUGCGCCAGAGCCACCACUACUGGCCGGACGAAGGCGCCAACCUCUACCACUUCUACGAGGUCAACCUGGUCUCGGAGCACAUCUGGUGCGAGGACUUCCUGGUGAGGAGCUUCUACCUAAAGAACCUGCAGACUCGGCAGACGCGCACCGUGACCCAGUUCCACUUCCUGAGCUGGUAUGACGGGGGCGUCCCCUCCUCCACAGGGGCACUCCUGGACUUCCGCAGAAAAGUAAACAAGUGCUACAGGGGCCGUUCUUGUCCAAUCAUUGUUCACUGCAGCGAUGGUGCAGGCCGGAGCGGGACCUACGUCCUGAUUGACAUGGUUCUCAAUAAGAUGGCCAAAGGUGCUAAGGAGAUUGAUAUCGCCGCGACCCUGGAGCACUUGAGGGACCAGAGACCAGGCAUGGUCCAGACAAAGGAGCAGUUUGAGUUUGCGCUGACCGCUGUGGCAGAGGAGGUGAACGCCAUCCUGAAGGCCCUUCCCCAGUAGGCGCACAGCCCGCUCCAGGAGCCCCCCAGGAGUGCCACAGGAGCACGGCUCUGCAUUCUUCUGUGGUGACCACAUAGUUACGGGGCCACCCAACUCCCACACUACGGCGCGGUCUGCAGUUAAAUGUGUUGUUUCAUUGAACCAAACGUGGAGAUUUGUGGGAGCACCUAGCUGGGGAGGGGAAGGUUCGGGGCCCCUGUUCUCACGCUCCGGGUGCUCCUUCCUAGAGCACACAUUCACGUUCUCAUUGCCAGCGAUGUCACGUCCAUGACACCGCGAUCCGAUCGUCACUGUGGUCUGCAGGAAGGGAAUGUGCUGAGACCCAACGCUGGAGGAGGGUGCGAUGCCGGGGGACCGGGAGCCCACAGGUCCCUCCCUCUGUAAGACCAUCUGCCACUGGGACAGACUAAGGCAGGACCCUUGUCCUGCAGCUUUGGGGAGAUGAGAGACCUCAUCGUGGCCUCUGGGCCUGUGCCUGCGACACACCCCGGCACGGUGGGCGGCCUUGCCAGCCACCCCUUACCCCAAGCACAGAAAGUGGGGCUCCUGGCAGAUACCUUCCCAGGGCAGAGACGGCCUCCUGAGGCCAGGACCUCCCAUGACCACCUCCCUCUGCCAAGCCAUGGAACAGCCCAGCUGGAGACACGUUUUAAAUGUCAAAGUCUCGAUUCCUUCAUUUCAAAAACAGAUGCCCCCAGUGAACUUUCCUAUGAGAUAACCACAGUCAGAACAAAUGUAGGCAUUUAAUAGGCCCCAGGGUCCCCAAGCACUCAGCUCUGUCCUGCACAGGUGGCCCAGGGAACAUCCAAAGCCCCCACCCCGGGGAAGAGCAGGUGCAGAGAGCCUGUGAGCCCGGCCCCAUCUCCAGGGACAGACCCCUGGAGGAUGAAACCCGAAACCUCUGGUCCUCCUGGGAUUGCUUAAUGAAACCCUCAUUUUCUAGAUAAUUCGGAUUUGCCAAAAUAACAUCUGAGCAUCAGAUUUACCUCCUCCUGCCAGAAACAGGAAAGUCCACUUCACUAACCUCAGAAGGAAAGCGUCCAGGAGGGCACAGAGGUGUCGCAGUCGCUGCAGAUCCAUUCGUAGGUUAAGUGUGAAAAGAGCCCGUCUGGCGUGUCCCACCACCAGCUCUGAUGGCGGGUCUUGGGCACAUGGUGAGCAGGGCCACCAUACGGGGAGAGAGAUGCCAAAAUCAUGUUCCGUCUUUCCAUGGUGUCGUGUAUCUGUUUAAUCUGUCUUCUCUCUUCCAAAAUCAUUUCUCGCUAUCUGGAAUUUAAAUAAUGAUUAUUAGAAAUGACUUUAUCUGAACAUAGAAGCAUAUGCCUACCUGUAAUUUCUACCUUCUCAUGUUUCAAAGGAAAUCCUCCAGUGUGAGAUCUAUAAAUACAUUUAAUUGUCUCAUAAUUAAACUGCUAACUUGA